AUGAAAGGCCUUGGCUACAGCUGCUCCGAGGAUGGCGAUCUUGAGUUCAGGAAGCUUGGUUCUGGGACGUUUGGUGUCGUCUACCUUCACACUGGUCUCCCUGGAGUUGUCAAGAAGUGUCGCACAAUUAAUGGGUGCGACACUCUCAGGAACGAACACAAUCAGCUUCAUUCGAUUCAUCAAGCACUCAGCGCCUCUGGGAAUGCCAUCCUCGCGCCAGCCCCUUUAGAGUUCUACACGAUUGACUCAGAUUUUUGGGAAGACAUCACACUUCCUGCCAAUGAUGUCUCUAGGACAUGCGCGUACGGAAUGAGCCGAGUAUAUGCCCCCCCUCCAGCCCUGCGGAAGAAGAUCAUCGACUUAUUUUGCCCCGCCCACCUGCGCAACAAUCCGUCCAUCAAACCUAGCAUGAUCCAUGUGGCUCGCAUUCUCCUCGGUCGUGCAAUUUCCAACCCCGGACGGGUCGCACCACAACGAUUUUUCGACACCUAUAACUUUCCCCUCACCCGUGACCGUGUUGAACUGCUUGGGAUCGAUGUUGAAAAUACAGCGGUAGAGAUGGGUCGUCUGUUAGCCCAAAUGCAUAUGAAGGCCAAGAACGACGCACGGGACAUCGAAAUCGUUCUCGGCGCCAACGUCACAGACAACUCUUCAAAACCCGAUGAACCACGAAUUUGGGUCAUCGACUUCAACCAAGUAGCUCCGUUCAAUUGCACCGAAGAGGAGAUACCUCGUCUCGUUGAAGCUUUCUAUGCUAAUGAAGCUUACUUUCCUCGCCCACGACCCAGUGAUGAGUUGUAUAAUCUGUUUUCGCAAGCAUACAUUGCAGAGUGUGCAAAGAUUGAUGAUGUGGCAGUUGUGCUCGGCCGUCUGUUUAUCCAUGCCUUGGAGAGGGAGCAGCUUGCAAGGGACCAGGUGAACUGAGCCAUGUUCCCAGUUUUAUUCAUAAAGCUGGUAGACUUUUGAUGUAAAAGAUUUGUGAUGUCUGCUGUUCAUACAUAUGUAGGCAUACAACGGAAACUAGAUAUCUUGACG